GGCAGUGCUGUGCCGCAAAUACCCGUCCCUCCCAAACGCUAUCUUAGUCCCAAGUCAUACAUAUACCAUCGUAUACAAUCACUCAUUUUUCCAUUCUACACAGAACAAUGGCCGCCAGAAUUCCCCGCAACUUCCGCCUCCUAGAAGAGCUGGAGAAAGGAGAGAAAGGUAUAGGAGAUGGAAGUUGUUCGUAUGGUCUCAUGGAUAGCGACGAUAUAAUGAUGAGCAACUGGAAUGGAACAAUUCUUGGUCCAGGACACACUGUCCACGAGAACCGUAUCUACAGCCUGAAGAUCCAUUGUGGUAACGAUUACCCCGAAAGGCCACCGACCGUUCACUUCCUCUCUCGUGUAAACCUUCCUUUUGUAUCUCAGAUCGAUGGCAAGAUUGAUCCUAUGAAACUCAAUGUGCUCUCUCAGUGGGGGCGGGAUAGCAGUAUCGAGACCAUCCUCGUUGGUAUCAGGAGGGAGAUGGCGACAGCCAACAAUCGGAAGCUUCUCCAGCCUCCAGAAGGGAGUACCUUCUAGAGUCACUUUUAUCAUUCGAAGAUCGACUAUCAGCUGGUGGCUUGCAAUGUACAACACGAAUACAAGGCGGAAGUGUAUCUCAAUGACUCCGAGGCAUUAAUAUUUGCUGACGGGGCGAUAUAUGACAUAUCAGAUCUAAGUUUGUCGAACCCUCUCACACUUUCAUACGCCGCUGCCAGUGUUCCUUCUUAUCUGGAGUGGUUGCUAUGAGAAAGUGUUGGUAUGCGUCUUCGAGUUCGCCCAUCCCCACCCAUAGGAUAUCGAGAAAGAGAACGCAAAACAUUAACAGUAUCUUUAGUGUCCUCUGUCGUCAACUGGAACAUUUCAUCAGGAGCCACGUCUUUAACUUGUGCAAUGAUAUUACGAUCUGAUGCAAUUCUCUUGUAUUCACCAUCGAUGCUGUGUCCAAGGCGAACGUGUAGC